UGAUCAUUUAAUGAGUUUCAUUGAAUGCGAGUAUUCCUUUCGCUGCAAAAUUAGGUACCAGCAAAGCAUAAAGCACCACUUUACCACUUCUUGACUUCCAAAUCUCUCAUUAUAUAUAUAAACCAAUAUAUCUCAACGAUAACCGCGGAACCAUUAAUGAGAGUUUGAUUCUGAUAGUUGCGGUGUGGCAGAUUGUGAAUCAGAGAGAAGCUUCUUCCUCAUUUACACCCUAUAAAAAUUUCCGGAAAUAUCAUUCAUUUGGAACCAACUUUAUCUCUUCUCUUCUCAUUCAGCACAUUCAUAUUCUUUCCUGGGAAAAUUUGAUUUAUUUAUCUGGUUUCCCAGGAAAUAGUAAUCAAAGAGCAAUAUGGAAAUAUCCAAUGUGAUGCUUCUUGUCGCGGUCGUCGCAGCGUAUUGGCUAUGGUUCAAGAGGAUCUCAAGGUGGCUAAAGGGCCCACGUGUCUGGCCUGUAUUGGGCAGUCUUCCUGGUCUGAUAGAGCAGCGUGACAGGAUGCAUGAAUGGAUCACCGAGAACCUCCGUGCGUGCGGUGGCACUUACCAGACUUGUAUCUGCGCCGUGCCUUUCUUGGCGAGGAAGCAAGGUCUCGUGACUGUCACGUGUGACCCGAAGAAUCUCGAACACAUGCUCAAGACCCGGUUCGAUAACUACCCUAAAGGUCCUACAUGGCAAUCCGUCUUCCACGACCUUCUCGGUCAGGGUAUUUUCAACUGUGACGGUGACACCUGGCUCUUCCAACGCAAAACCGCCGCUCUCGAAUUCACUACGAGGACGUUGCGGCAAGCCAUGGGUCGGUGGGUCAACCAAGGAAUUAAGCUCCGGUUCUGUCCAAUGCUUGAAUCGGCUCAAGCCAAAUCCGAGCCGGUUGAUCUCCAGGACUUGAUACUCCGGCUCACAUUUGAUAACAUUUGCGGAUUGGCGUUCGGUAAGGACACGAGGACCUGUGCGCCGGGGCUUCCCGAGAAUGGUUUUGCCUCGGCUUUUGACCGAGCCACAGAAGCCUCGCUUCAACGGUUUAUUUUGCCGGAGUUUCUGUGGAAGCUGAAGAAAUGGCUUGGACUCGGCUUAGAAGUCAGCUUGAGUCGAAGCUUGGAAGAAAUUGAUGGAUAUCUAGCAAAGGUCAUAAAUACACGUAAGCAAGAGUUGAUGAGUCAGCAAGAAAGUGGGGCCCAGAGACACGACGAUCUCCUCUCGCGUUUCAUGAUGAAGAAGAAAGAAUCGUACAGCGACACAUUCCUCCAACACGUGGCGCUCAACUUCAUCUUAGCUGGACGUGACACGUCAUCCGUUGCGCUGAGCUGGUUCUUCUGGCUUAUCACGAUGCAUCCAACCGUUGAGAACAAAAUCGUCCGCGAGAUCUGCUCCGUUCUGAUCGAGACGCGUGGCAUUGAUGACGUCACGUCUUGGACGAAGGAGCCGUUAGGAUUUGACGAAAUCGACCGAUUGGUUUACCUCAAGGCGGCGCUUUCGGAGACGCUCAGGCUUUACCCGUCGGUGCCGGAAGAUUCCAAGCACGUCGAGAACGACGACGUUUUACCGGACGGUACUUUCGUUCCGGCGGGAUCUUCGGUGAGUUAUUCGAUUUACGCGGCGGGGAGGAUGAAAUCGACUUGGGGAGAAGAUUGUCUUGAGUUUAAUCCGGAGAGAUGGAUCUCGCCGAUCGACGGGAAAUUCAUCAAUCACGAUCAAUACCGGUUCGUGGCAUUCAACGCCGGACCAAGGAUUUGCCUGGGAAAAGACUUGGCGUAUCUUCAGAUGAAGACAAUCGCGGCGGCGGUGCUCCUCCGACACCGGCUCACGGUGGUUCCGGGGCACAGAGUGGAACAGAAGAUGUCGUUGACGCUCUUUAUGAAGAACGGACUUCUGGUUUAUCUGCAUAAGAGGGAUCUCGAAGGAAUCAUCAAGAGUCUAGUGGUGGCGAAGAGAGACGGUGUCGUUAACGGCAAAUGUAACGGCGUCGCUGGUGAAGGCGUCACCGUUUACUAUAAUACGGGUGUUACGGUGGCUUAAGAGGCCCAAUAAGGCCUCUGAUUUAUACAUACACAUUUUUUAUGCCAGGAAAUCAAUUGGAUAGAAAUACGAUAUUGGUUUCUGUUCAAUAUGAAACUGUAAGCAUAUAUAUACUCCAAUUAGUAAUUUACCGGGUUGUUUUCUUUUUUUGUAAACUUUUGGAUUUUCUUUUAACGAAAUUAUUGUAAGUUUGUAACCAGAGCAUAUAUAUAGUCCAAAAAUAAGUACUACAUUUUACUUGGUAAAUUAACAAGUGUGUUAAAAAAAAAUUAUUAAUAAAAGAGAAUUGCUGUA